ACUAGGGAUGUUGAAAGUGGCAAGAGAUUCCAUGGUGCUGCUUAGCUCUGUGGAGAAUAUUAGUUGCUUGUAGGCAGUUAUUGGAAGACCAGUUAAUAGAAAGUAUCUACCUGAUCCAACAAAGGCAUAAUGGGGUGUUUGAGCACCAUAGGCAGCAACUAUGUGCAAGGCAGUGUCAGUGGCUGUGCUGCCACUACUAUGGCAGCAGCAGUGCUGUCAACACAGAUGCUGAUGCUCUUGUGCCCCCUCUAGGUGUCUCUGUCACACUUUCUGAUGUCCUGAUCACCCCUCCUUCAUUAAGCUUCUGUGCUCUAAUUAACACUGUAGUCCACUGUGGUCCAGAAUGUGGGAAGUAAAAACAAGUGCCAUCUAUUUUAAAUCAUCCUGAGAAAACAGCACAGAAAAUCUACCCAUCUCUGGUCUUCUGAGCAUGCACAGGGAUGCACAUAUCAUGAAUUGAAUAGGUUGCAUUUCUUCUAACAUCACUAGCAUUCUUGGGUUUAUUUAGCUAAUCCUGGAUAGAAGCCUGUAGAUUCAGUAUUCUGACAUUAGCAAAUCAGGGCAUGAAAAAAUCAUGAACUGUGUCCCAGAUACUAAAAGAUGAGCUAAAAGAAACAGUUGACUUAAAAAAAAAAAAUAAAAGAAAAAAGAAAACAAGAAAAAAAAAGUAAGUAAAAGAGAAAAUAUGUGCAUUUCCCCUUUCUCUUCUAGGCUUUGAUCAUUUGGAUUUCAUGUAUCAAGUUUCCAACAACAACCAUGAAAACUAAGAACUUUGCUGCUGUUGUUUUAACUGAAAACUAAUAUUAAAGACUCUGUGAUAUGGAACUUUAAGGAAAAUAGUGACUUGUGAAAGGUCCCUAAUGAUUAGACUACACAAAGGACUAUACAAGAGGGGAUAUUCCUGUACCACCCAUGGGAGGACUAGACAACCUGGCCUCAGAAAUCAGUUGCAGACCACACCAGAACAUCUCAUCCUGCCCAGAUCUGGAGUGUCAGACACUGAGAAUAAAACAAUCUCAGGGGAAUUAGGUAAUCAGAAAUGGAAAUUGGCAACACACUAAAGUCUCAGUCCUGAAAACAGUCUGGUAGCUGAUGGAAUUCCUUUCCUUGGUAUACCAUGAUCGGAAUAAUGCAAGCAGCAGGGCCUGCUGAUAGGAAUAACUGGUCAUCAUGGCCGUACAACUCAGUGACUGGAAGAUGACACGAGAGCAGUAUAUACUAGCAACACAGCAGAACAACCUGCCAAGGACUGAAAAUCCUCAGUUUUAUCCAGUAGGCAUUUAUGGAUGGCGAAAGAGGUGCUUAUACUUCUUUGUCCUUCUGCUGUUGGUUACCAUGAUUGUUAACUUAGCAAUGACAAUCUGGAUAUUGAAGGUUAUGAAUUUCACAGUGGAUGGAAUGGGGAAUCUGAGAGUCACCAAAAAAGGAAUACGACUUGAAGGUGUAUCUGAAUUUCUACUUCCACUUUAUGUGAAAGAAAUCCAUUCCCGAAAGGAUAGCCCACUGGUCUUACAGUCUGACAGGAAUGUAACAGUGAAUGCACGAAAUCACAUGGGACAAUUAACUGGACAACUAACUGUAGGAGCUGAUGCUGUAGAGGCCCAGUGUAAGCGAUUUGAAGUGAGGGCAAAUGAAGGUGGAAAGCUGCUGUUUUCUGCAGAUGAAGAUGAGAUCAUCAUUGGAGCUGACAGACUCAAAGUAACAGGCACAGAAGGGGCAGUGUUUGGGCACUCUGUGGAGACACCCCAUAUCAGAGCAGAACCUUCCCAAGACCUCAAACUUGAAUCUCCAACUAGAUCUUUAAUAAUGGAAGCUCCCAGGGGAGUGCAAGUUAGCGCUGCUGCAGGAGACUUAAAGGCCACCUGCAGGAAAGAACUGCACUUGCAGUCCACAGAAGGGGAGAUAUUUUUAAAUGCAGAUACAAUCCGACUGGGAAAUCUACCCAUGGGUUCCUUUUCAUCUUCCUCACCUAGCUCUUCAGCUCCUCGACAGACUAUCUACGAGGUCUGCGUCUGUCCCAGUGGUAAACUUUACUUGUCCCCGGCAGGAGCAGGCUCCACAUGUCAAUCCAGUAGCAACAUCUGCUUGUGGAGCUGAACUGACUCCAAUUUUUCCUCACACCAGAAUAGCCUUUGUUACUGUCCCUCUGCUUCACAAUUCUGCCCGGUUUCCCUUGUGACAAGUCAGAAGCUUCAAAUGGCCUGCAGAGCAACUUCUUCCAGCGUAAGCAGGAAUACAACGCUGCCUUCUCUUGUGGCUCGUGUUACCACUCAAUGUAGAGAUGGGAGUGAGAUAUUCAGAAAUAAAUGUAGUCUUCAUCAGGAAACCUGGAUCAUAAAAUCACCUUUUGUCCAAAAGGGAGAAUAACACAGGUGCCUUUGCUACAUGAAGUGAAGCACAUAGUUUUAGAUUUUUGCAGGACCUGGAUAUGAACUGCACAUAUAUAUAUAUACGGUACAUAUACAAAUUUGCCCAGAAUCCAAUGGUGAGAUGAAUUGGUAAUCCCUGUAUGAUAAAUAACUUUACUGUCUGAAAGCACAAUUUUCCAUUCAUCUUUUUGGAUGUAAACUUUUAUCCCUGAAUUUUAAAAUUUUGAAGCAUUGUGUGAUGCUUGCUUUACUAAACAAUUAAAUUCAGUACUUGGUUUUUAACAAAAAAAGAGACAGAAUCCCUCCCUGAGUUUUGUUUCUUUAAAAUAGUGUGUUGUUACUCUUUGUCUAUUAAUCUAGGGUUUUGUACAUUAGGUACAUUUUGGAAGCGCUCAGCAAUAUUACCUUUCCAGAGUGAAAAAGACAUCUGCUCUUGUUUAUCAAAUCUGAAUGGCCUUACGCAGUAAUUUCUUGGCUACUGCAUGUGAAGUGAUUGUUUUAAAUAAAACAUACAGCUUAUGGAUCGAACAAGAUAAAGAGGGAAAUGGAAUGAUAUGGAAAUGGCUGAUAAAAUUGUUACUUUUCACAAGGUAAUUUAUGGUUAGCAAAAAAGAAAAGAAAAGAAUAUCUUUGAAGGUACAUCUUGUCUCUUUUUAUAGCCAUGUCUAACUGCUGCUAUUUGAACACAGUGCAAACACAUCAGUACUAAUGUAAUGCAUAACAUCAACAAGCAGUACACUAACUACAUUUAUUAUCCUUUUUGCUUACUGUGUUUUAUUAAAGUUUUCAAAGUGAUAUCAUUAAAAAUACAUGGUCAUAUAUUAAUUAAUUAAAUCAAAUGAAAUAGAAUAUUAACAAGUACACUGAUAUUAUGUUGACACCAUUAAGUCUCUGUUUAAAUAAUGCAGCCGUAUUUCCACUCAGCUCUCAAUAUUUACCUACUAUUUAACUGAUAUGGGAUUUCUUUAUCAUAUUUCAUUACCUGCUUUGGUUUUCCUUGGUAAUUGGACUCCAGUAAAAGACAGUGUGGUAUGCUGCUGAUAAAUUUGUCAUAACACUUUUUAACAAGAGUAUCGUGAAACUUGCAGAACCCAGGAAUGUAAAACAUAUAAAAAUGUUUCCUAUUGUGAAGAUGACUUGAUUACAAUAAGGUAAGUGUAUGUUUUAAUAUUUUUUGAACUCCCCCAUCCAACUCAUACUUUUAGCUGCUUCUGAACAUAAGGACUUUUUGUGAUAUCUUUUAUUGGGUUAAAUACACAGUUGGGAGAGCUGUUGGACAAGCUUUUGGGCAUCAAGUGCCCCUUCUCCGGUCUAAGAAAGAGGAGGACACAUUUUGACCCUACUGUAGCAUUCUAAACUGGUUCAAAACACAGGGAAAGCAGUACAAGGUAGGUACUUGUGUCCAAUAUGCAGUUUACCAAAAAAGGGAAAGCAAGAAAAUGAGCAACCAUAACAAUAUGGCUAAUUUUCUACUUUAUUCUCAUUUCAUAGGAUUUAUUUUGUUUUCUCCAGGUGAUCUUCACCCAUGCAGAAGACCAACAAAAGAGAUCUACACCAUUUAACUGGUGUUUGAACUUUUGUUGUCUCUCUUCAAAGGCGUGAAUUUCAUUCUGUGGGAAGAAUUAUAUCUCCUGCUUCUGAACAAGAAUUUAAAAUAGACUCUUGCAGCACUCAAAAGAUGGGUGUUAAGCCAGUUAAGACUGACCAGUUAAACUUCCUUUUGGAAAUUUUAGUUCCUUUAUUUAAUAGGAUAAAAAUAUAUCAUACAGUAACUCUUAUUUUCCUUCUCUCUUUUUUUUUUGAACAGGCCCCUUCAUUACAAUGCAGAGUAUAAAGAAAUAUAAAAAGAGAGUUUAGGGAUUGUAGCUGUACAGUUAAUAUUCAAAGAGCCUUCUAAGGAAAGAAAUAUCUUUCACUUGUGCUCACAGGUAAUAUAAUGUUUAUGUAGACAAAUUAUAUUUAAAGGGAGUGGAUGGCUGCAAAAUAUCAUGUAUUCAAUUACCUAUGCUUAUCUGCUGGUAAUUUAGAAGAUGGACAAAUAAUAUGCAAUGAGUAAUUUAUUCAGUGAAGAUAAAUCUUCAACCUGUUCCCAAACUGUCUGUACACAGACUCAGAGUCUUUUUUACUGUUAAGAAUGUUACGAUGAAGUUAUAUGCAAAUUAAUGAAUUUAAACCUAAGGAGUGGUGUACAGUGUUGCAAGUAUAUCGUGCUAUGAGUCUAUUCAUUUGCUAUUUGAGCUGUAAUAGUCACCUGAAGCACAUGUGUAGAUUCCUGGCUGAAUGAUCCAUCCUUUAUGAGCUCCUUUACUUCUGCCUAAAUAGAAUUUUGUUACAUCAAAAAACAAACAAACAAAAAGAAACAGAGAGAAGAGAGUUUUGUGAAGAAAGCUCAGUGUUUCCAACUCUCACCAUGGUAUUCUUUAAUUUAAGUUCAAACUCCUGGUAACAAUUCAAAUAUGUGAGAUGCCCCAUUGAAUUUUUUUUUAAGUACAUCUAUAGUCUGUGAGAUUGCAAAGAAAACUUGCACAUGUGACUAGAGCACUCCAUUAGGCUAAAAAAAGAAGGCAGAUUACAAGAAAAAAGUCACUAUUUAUAAGCCAAUAUAAUGAUUUCUUGGGAGCCUGAUUAAUGAUUUUUGAAUGUUUGGAGUUGACAGUAGCUAAACACUCAUGUGCACAUGAGAGAUGCAAAAACAAGCAAGAAGGGCUGCUAAGACAAACAAAAUGAGGAUGUUUCAAAACAGAUGAAUGAUUCUUUCUCACAAUGUCCCAGUUGUUCUGUUCCUAACAGUCCAAAAAAUGUAUGAAAAGUCGUACACACCUACAGAUGUUGUUUCAUUUGGGGGGCAAAUGGCAGCUCUGAAGACUCAGAUUAUAUUUAAACAGGGAGUGAAAUCAUUACUCUUUUAGGGCUAGUUUUAUGAAGCUGAGCCAUGGGCAUGGGUUUUAGAUGUGGUGUGAUGAUGCUGAGGUGUAAAAUAAAAGAGGUCCCCUAUUCAACACUGAAGGAUAUUUAUCAGUUGUCCUUUCUGCCUGUUUCUGCUGCUUCACAUUGUAUCUUGGUUGCUUAAAUCUGUUUUGGGCUAUUUACACUAUCUACCAUUCUUCUCAUGAUAAAGCACCUGCAAAUGUUUCCCCAGUUAGAUUGCUUGGCUGGCUGAACAUUCUUCUAUCUCUCUUAAGAAAAGAGAUGUCACUUCUUGUUAUGGCUAAGGCAAGAGCUUCCCAAUUAACAAGUCAUUCUAUGGUGACAGAGUAGGAUGGAGGUCCCUAAAGAAAAUUUUUGAACUAUUUUCUUUCAUUUAGGUAAAUGUCCAAUUAGAAAAAGAAAAUUUGUGUCGAAAAAUAAUCCUCUGAGGUGCUUUAUAAAACAUAAAUACAUGUAUCAAAUAAUGCCUCUUUUUGUAUUAGCAUGUCAGUUUGGGCACUACUAAAAUGGUUUGAUAGUUGUUUGACCUCUUCAGAAUUGCCCAUAUGACAACAGUAAAAUAUAAAAAGACCUUAUUAGCCACAUGUAUUUAAUAUCUUUGAUAGUAUUAUAUGCUGUAAAAUAUCCCUGUUAUAAUUUUAAAGGAUACUGUCUCUUUCUUGUUCAAAAAAUGAAAAUAAAAACAUCAAACAACCUCUUUGAGCACUGUUACCUAUAUGGUUUUGUACUGCAGUUCAUUACUUGGUUAAGUGUUAAAGACCAAAGACUAACACUUCUAGUAUAUCUCACACUAUGACACUGCUGCUUCUACUAAUUUUGUUGGGAUAAUAAGAUAAAAAAAGUUGUAAUUACAACAUGAAAUAGUAAUAUGCUUUUGAUCUGUGCAGCAUUUUGAGCUGUGGGUUGUUCAGUUAUCUUUUCAUAGGGGAAGAUGUCAGCAUCAUCGAAUUAUGUUGCUAAUCAUGCAUAAUAAGGUAUUUCACUUGUGCAUGAAAUCAUGUAAAGAGGAAAGAGUGUACAGCCCAAAAUGGGCCAAAAAAAUUGCUUGCCUAAAUUGAAGUUUAUAUGGUGUUGCCUGCACAGUGGUUUAACUAGAUAACACAAUUCACUUUAGACUAAUUUAGAAACAGAGGGCUAUUAAGCACGAAUCAAAGAUAAGAGCCAUAGGGAUUGAAAAAAGCUGAUGAAGGUUGUUAAGGAUGCUCAGCUGUUAGUAACCUAUGAUUUUUUUUUCUCUUAGAGUUUCUAAGUCAUUGUCUAAAUGUUACUAAAAUAAAAGCCAAAUUUAGACUAAUAAAGUGUUAUCAGCUGAUUCACUGUCAUGCAGAUGCAAAUUGGAUAUGAGUUUGAGUGUCAUAUUAUUUUAAAAAGUACUUUGGUAAAGAUCUGCUAAACAUUUUUUUUUUGUAACUUUCAUCUUAAUGCUCUUCUUAUGUACAUAGAUAUAUAAAAAGAUGAACUAUUUUCUUACACAUACUAUGCAAUAUGUUUGUAAAACUGCAAUAUUACCAAAAUUACAAAAGCUGUGCUUUUGUAUUCUCUCUUGCUUUAUGUAAAACAAAUCUUUUUCUAUUUAAAUGGAUUGUCUGUCUUAUAAAUUGUAGAAAACAUUAUUCAAAAACAAUAUACUAUAUUUCAGGAUUUUUGUUUUGGUUUGCUUGAGAACUUUUAGGUUGGGAAAAAGCAAGGUUUUGGAAGUUGGAAAUUGAUUUUCUUGGAAAGAUGGAACUUUCACGGCAUGUAAUUAACAGAGAUUUUAAAGUCUCUACUGUAGUUUGUAUUUGGUUUUAGUACUUCCAUCUGGUGCUACUGUAUAACCAUAUAUAAGUAUGAUAGAUAAAAUAGCAAAACAAGUAUCAGAAUGCAUUCAAGGAUACUUAGAUGCGGCUUUGUAAAGAUGAGAGAUGUAUAUUUUUUCUGAGUAUCUUCUAUUUAAAGAUCAUUUUUAUUAGCACAUUCCCUCUUUUAUGUUCUAAAGUUGUCAUUUUGAGAUAACUGUUAUCAAUUUGUCUACAUACAACACAGACUGCUAAGGACAUAUGAUGAGUUCUUGAAAAUCACCAAGCAGCAUGUUGACUACAUACUACAAAGUGCAUGGAUUUUUUUUUCAUGCCAAACUUGGAGAAGUUAAAACAAAGGUUGUGAUUCUAAUUUAUAUUAAGGCUACUUUACUAUAACUCUGAAAGCAUAAAGGGGCCUUAAAAUGAAUAUAAAUUAUAUUUGUCCCUCUUCAGAAGCCUCUUCAUACUAUCAUAGCUGCAGCUCACGUGUACCUACUUAAUUUGUGUGCUGUUACAACUGUAACCAUAGCAGCAAAGAGCUUAGUACAAUCUGCAAAGCUCACUAAAUACUCAGGUAUCUAGCCUGUGCUAAAUUAUCCAGUACCAAUAUUACACUGAUAAUUUAAAACUAAAUCGAGUAUGUCUUCACAAGCAGUGGUCAGUGUAGUGACUGAAAUGUAAAUGUAUCAUUAGUAUAAAUAUAAAUCAGACCCUCAGUGAAUAAUACAAAGGUACCAAUAAAGUAGUCAUUAAGAAAAUCUAUUAAGAACCAAGUAAUUAAGGUUUGGGCUAGUUCUUUCUAUUCCACGAAGUUUGAUGAUUUUGAAAUUAUCGAGUAUAUUAUUAAUGUAUUUUGAACCUACACCAAUCAUAGUAGAAUGGAACUGAUUGAUGCAAACUUUUUACUUUUCUAAAAUAACUAUUUCUCUGAAACUUUCUCUGGAUCCUGAGCUGAACCAAAUAAUUACAUGCUUUAGAAAUUUGAAUAUGUUGUUUCUUUUACUUCCUAUCUAAUCAUUCCAUUGUUCUCUAUUUUGUUGCUUGUCAUAGAAGCAAAAGAAAAGUAUUAGAAUGACCUAGAAAAGGCAUGUCCUUGAUUUCCACCCUGGUUCUGUCUAAGUAGGGCACACACUGUUUUAGGACCAUGGGAUCUGGAGAAGCAGCUGCUUCUCUGAGCUUUUGACCAUGUUAUCUUCUCUGCAGCUCUCUCAUAGAUACCUACGGGCCAGUAUGCUUUAGGACUUCUGCAUAGAGGGAAAAAAGGGAGCUUCAAGCCAUCCAAGCUACCACUGGCACUAAACCUGAGCUGGAAAGCAAAGGUGGCUUUCCACCACAUGUAUAUCAACUUCCUUGUGAGGCCUGCCAGGGAUCAGUUCAGCCACCAGCAUAAACUAGAGCAGCCUUAGAAAAUAUUAAAUGUAAGAUUAGAACAGGCAUUACAGCAGCUGGAUACAGUUAGUGCUCCGGGCGCAUCCCAUUUGUUAGCAGCUGAGGGGAAAUGGCAGGGACUCAGCUUUCCACCACUAAGAGAUUUCCAGGCUGGCCAGUGAUGUAUUUAAUAAUUUUCUAUUUUAGACUAUAGCAUGCACAUUUUUCCUCCUAAAUCAGGCGUGUUUUAAACAGUUUCACCCUAGGAAGCGCAGGGUUUUAAUUUGAGGGAAAUCCUGUCUUUCUUUAGUCCAGCCUCCAAAAAUAACAGCUGUACUCAUUCACAGGAAGGUUUGGGGCUCUAAAGCCAAAUGUAAAAUUAUUGUGACUUGUACCUUACUGGGAAUCACAGGCAGGAAACUGUUCUGCCAUAGAGGAUAAUAGGUUGUUCAGGAAAAAUUCAUGUCUUAUAAUCAGCAGAAUAAAGAUAGGAAAUGUCAAAAUGAAUUCUUCCUAUUGUAAUGAAUACAGAAAGUACUGAUCAUCUCUCCACGCUGCUUUUUAAAAACAUAAGAACAUAAGAAUUGCCUUUUUCUGGGUCAAACCGUAGGUCCAUCUUGCCCAGUAUCCUGUGUCACAGUGGCAGUGGGGGGAUGCUGAAAGCGAGGAUAUGACCAGGGCUUUUUCCACUGUUCCUUUCUUACUUGCAGCCUCCAGCUUUUAAAAUCUAGGUAGUUCUGAUUCAGGGGCUGUAUCCCUAAAUUCCAUAUUCAAUAGCUGCUGAUGCCCCUUUCCUCCAAGAAUUUGGCCAAUCCCUUUUUGAAUCUGGCUAACUGUCGGCUUCCACAACACCUGUUGGCAAUGAGUUCUACACUUUAAUUACAUACUGUGAAAAAGAAUUUCCUUUUGUUAGUUUUAAACUUAAUACCUACUAGCUUCCAUUUGUGACUCCUAUUCCUUGUAUUGUGAAAGAGUAAAUAACACAUCCUUAUUGACUUUCUCUUCACCAUUUAGUAUUUUAUAUGCCCUUAAAAUGUCCCCCCUCAAAUAUCUCAUUUUAAAACUGAAUAGGCCUACCCUCUUUAUUCUCUUUUAUUUAAAAUUACUUUAAAAUUCACCAAAAAAAGUUUUAAAUGGUGUUGAAUAAAUACAUAAUACAAGAUGUUCCAAGCUGUUAACAAUAUGCAUUUAUGUCUAGGGACCUACUGAAUUUGGGGCGGCUGCUCAGGGGCAGAUUAACACGCAGGCCAGUUUGGCCUAGGCCCAGGGGCCCCUGCCAAUCCUGCACACUCCUCCUUCCCUCCAGCCAGGCCAGGACCAAAGGCUAGAGGAUGGGUGCGGGUCUCCAUGCAGGUGGCUGCGGCUUCCUGGGGCCAUCUAUUGCCAGGAGAUCCCAUGGGCAGCCCCACUCCCACUCCUGUUCUCCACCAUCUGUGGGUGGCCACCAGCACCAAUGGGACACGAUGAGACUGGACAGCCCAUCCCCACCCCACUGGAGCUGGUGGAGGGGCAGGUAGGUAGCCUAGGGUGGUACAGGACUCGUGUUCCUGCCACUAGCCAUCCCUGGCCCCAGCCCCAGCCCAAGUCCUGACCUUGGCUUCUCCCACAGCACUGGAGGACCACAGCCCCAGUUUUGUGACACCCUCCAGGUGUAGGGGCCGGGUCAGGCCUGGGCCAAGGCUACCUUCACCACAGUGGUGCUUGUGCCCCCUGACUCAAUCCAGAUGUGCCAAGAAGGCUGGGCAGGACUAGUCUCAGCCCCCUGGCAGACACAGAGGGAACCUGCCCUCACCUGGUGGGUGGCCUCCAAUUUUCUGUUUGCCCAGGGCUCCAAGAAACCUUAAUCUGCCACUGUGGCUGCCCCUGAUGUCAUGGUCUAAGCAUGGCACUGGUUGCCAUUUUCAUGGCAGUGUGGAGCAGCUCCCCUACACUUCUGAUUGGCCAAGGGGCCCUGGAAGUCCUGUCCCUCCCUGGAGAUUGAGAAUCUCCAGGGAGGGACAGGACUUUCAGGGCCCCUCAGUCAGAGGCAUAGAGGGGGCCCAUUGUACUCCCCCUUCUCCCCACCUUUCCCUUCCUGUGUGCUUCAGGAUGUGAGGGCUUCCCUCCAUUUUCUGUUUUUGUGGCAUUUUUUUUUUUUUUUUUUACCCCACUCCCUGCCAAUUUGGGGCUUUUUUGUGGUCUCUGUGCUUCUUUGUGUGGAGUGGGCUUUUUUGUGAAGUCCAACCAAAUUUACGGUUUCCACCAAAAUCACAAAUUCAUUAGGUCCCUACUUACAGCUUUCUAAGCAACUAGAAUAGAGAGGUUGUUCCAUAUGGUAAUCAUGUGUCCUUCUACACCCUGUUGAUCAUUUUAGUAUUACAAAAUGCAGUUUUAUUAAAUUACAUCAAAAUAUUGCUUCUAGAGGGUAGCAUGAUAACAUUCUUAUAUCCUAAUUUUGCUCCUUGUGGGCAACAUAAUAAUCUCAUAUCCUAUAUAAAUUAAGGUUCUUAUUCCUAUUGUAUUGGUUUCUCCUGCAAUUUUAACUCUUUUUAGAAUUACUUUUCAUUCUAGUGAUGACAAUACCUACCAUUUACAUUGCACCUUUUAUUACUCAAAUACUUCUCUGCGUUUAGAUUACCAAUACGCGAAAGCUGGUGUAGGGUCAUCUAAGGAAGGGAUCUUACGAAUAAACUCACAAGGCUUAAGAACACAGUAGGAUAGUCAAGGUCUGUCAUGUCCUUAUCUUACAAAAAUACUUCAAUCCAGAGACCAGACCUUCACACUUCAACUGAAGUUGCUGUAACUGUACCUUUGGCCAGCUGUGAAUAAGAACCUAAGCACUGAAAGAGCAGUGAACAGCUCAACCUAUUAUUUAGUUUUUAGAGGACAGUAAUUAUUUCCAGGCAGUAAAUCAGAACUGGCUUUCUUCCAGGUGUACACAGGAGUAAUGCAGCUGAAAACUUGAGUAUUUUUUAAUGAAAGAAAAUGGUCAUUCUGCUGCCCCAUAGGCUAUUAUUAACAAUAGGAAAGAGUUUACAGAGCUGAUCAAGUGGAAAGUCACAUAUAAAAUAAAUCAAGUCUAUGCUAUUCUGCCCAGGAACUCGCCUUUUCUGACUCUUCUUAGCAAGCAUCUGCAAAAAAGAAGAAAAAUAGCAAUUUAGAAAUAAGUACCAUGAGCUGCUUCAGUAAUUGUCAUAAGACGCUCUUGGUGGUUGUUCAUGACAAAUAGAAUGAACACACCCCAGAACAUUAAGGAUUUUAUCCAAACCCUAUUGAAGUCAAUGCAAGUCUACUGAUUUCACAAGAUUUUUAUCAUGUUCCAAGUUUUUAUCAAAUAUUUGUGCUAAAUAUAUUUUAUCAAUUUACAUGACUUUAUGUACUGCUUCUAAAACACUUUGAAUUUUUCUGUGUAUGUAAUUUGGAUUUUAGCUCAUUGGGUGCUUUGUGUUUGCUGACUAGUCAAAAUGGAAUAUCAACACACUCGCUUUGGACAUGUUAAAACAUGAGAGAAACAAAAGUAGUGUAUCUGUAUUCAUCACAAUGCAAAUUACAUACAAUUUGUUCUUACAGGGCUGUAAUUUAAAAAAAUAAUCAGUGCUAAGUCUUAGGGGGACUAGUACCAGCCACAGUCUGAAGUCACGUGCCCCUUUUCCUGACUAAGGCAUGGUGGGAGGGAAAAUCAGGCAAAAAAACCCAAACCACCCAAAUAAUCAAAUUGAGAUCCCUGACAUGAUCUGUUCUCUCUCUGAACAUUUCAGAAACUCUAUUGUGAAUCUAGAGGGGCAUCCUGGAAAGAGGAGAUAUCUAUCAUCUAACAGUAGCCAAUAAGCUUGAUGGGCUCAAUGUGGCAGUUUAGGAUUUUUUUCCUAGAAGGCAUCAUCUGUACUAGUUACACUUGUGGCGGAGGGGAGUGAUCUAGGGUGUGUCUACAAGAGACAUUUACUGCAGAGUUGCCUAAAAAGCUCCACAGUAAAGUCUCUGCAUCUACAUGUACUGCCCUAUUAGGUCACAGUAAACUACUAAACACCUCUGCAGGUUAAUACUUGUAAAUAUAAUUACUAUCCUGCUGUGGUGUUACUUAGUGUACCACAGUGCACAUGUAGACAUGUAACAGGGCUGGCUGAGGUAUGAGAGUGCUUCUGUGCAGGGCUGCCUGCUGGCUAGCUCUGCACUGAUGCACCCUUAUGUCCCAGCCAGCCCCUCUACACUACAUAGACCUGGGAUGGAGCAAUUCCAAGCUGGCAGGCUGACCCCCCUGGGCUCCCUGCCAGCCAAGGCUGCUCUGUUCUGGGUCAACAUGCUGCAGUCCUAGGCACAUGUUCAAAUGUAGUGCCUGGGAAAAAUUAAUUCAGGCAUGAUAUAUGCUGAAGUUUAUUACAUCACACUAAUUGCAUGUGUAGACGUGCCUCUAAGGUUCAGAUAGAACCAAAGUAUCCCUAAGGAGGAAGGGCUAAAGGUCUAUGGAUCUUGAAUGCAUAUCCCAACAAAUCCCUGACGGUUUUACCAGUUGAAAUCCUUCCCCAUCUUCUUUCCUCAACUUCUCUCCUGAUUAGCUCAGAAAGUCUCUUUCUCUCUCAGGUUAGAGGGAUAUUUUUCACUCUCUUCCAGUUUCAGCUGGAGUCCUAAUUUGUGGAGUCCUAAUUUGUAAUGGAGAUGCAAAUGGAAAGAGAAAAAAGGGAGCCUUGAAGCAAAACUAAUGAAAUAGAGAGAGUGAGGAAAGAAAGAGCAGGAAAAAAGGAAAACAUAUUAAAGCGAGGGAGAUAUAUAUAUAUAUGAGGAAGUUUCCAGCUGAAAGGUGAGAGUAAUAAAUCCCCAUUUACAUUUUUGUUUUUGUCUGGGCUUUUAAAAACAGCAUGCCCCGAGACGUGGGAAGAGAAUACGGAUUGUUAAAAAGUUCUUUAUUCAUCAGUCUCUUAUGCCAUUAGACAUUUAUUACUGAUAGCAAAUGGAGGUCUGAUUUAUUCCAGAUUGCUACAAUGAUUCUUAUUCCAGACCCUUCAUGAUGAUUUUUGAAGAAGGGGAGGAGAAAGGAGCAAGUUUCAAAUACAUACAGGGACCAGUCCUGUACUUAUUUACCCAGCACUUCAAGAUGGGUAUUAGAGACAUGAAGGAAUGCAUCUUUAAGUGUAUUAUUCUGGGAUACAUGGAAAAUAAAAAGGUAAUCAAUCAUAUACAUUCCUUUAUGUUUGACAAGGUUCUUUGGGUGAAUCUGAUAUCUUCUAUUAGACCAACUUAAAUAAUUGAAAAACAACUAUUAAGCAAGCUUUCGGGUUCAAAAACCCUUGGUCAGGCAAUGGAAGUUUCUGCAGUUGGUGUGUGCUCUUCCUGGAUGGAAUGAAAAGUAAAGAAGCCAAAUAAAUAAACAAACAAACAAACAAACAUAUUUCCUUUAUGUUUAACACUUUUUAUAAAACAAGAUAGCCAGCACAUAUCAUUAUUUUCUUGUAUUUCCCUUUAUUAGGCAUAUCUUUUAAAGCCAUUUCUGGGAGCGAACAGAACAAGUAGGUUUAUUUUCAAUCCACAGUGAUUAAAAAAAGUUCAGUCAUGAAAAAAACAGUUUCUUAAAAAGCAGACAUUUCUUAUUAUGUUUUGAAAUCUAGAUUUGGCACCUGUGAAAAGCUAAUGGUAGAAAUGUAACAAAAAACAUCUUUCCAGUGAAAACAAAUCACAGUCCUAAACCCCCCAAAAGACCAUCUGGUAUCAUUCUCCCUAAUUUAAACCUACUUUCUGCACUUCCUAGCACGCAUUCUAUGUACGGCCCUUCACACAAAUCCCGUUUGACUAAUAUUAUCACAUAUAUAUGCUUUCUAGCUAAAGUUCUUAGAUUAGCUUUAGACAUGUUAAAAUGUUGGUAUCAAACAUAAACCAUUUAUACACUCAGUUUCCUUUAGGAAAAUAUGGGACACUAUGCAGAUUCUUUCUGCAGUGCCAUGAGAAUAAAUAUCUUUUCCAUGCAUGUUAGCACAUUUUUCAUGAACAAGGCACCACAUGAUUAAUCAGUUUACUGCAAAUGCUCUCUAAAAUAUUUUGAUUUAGUUGUUUACCUCCAGUUUCCAAAAUCUUGCAUGGAUUUAAUCUACGGUUGGCUUAAUCUUUUGUUUCUCUAUAGUACAUUAUAUACUUUUUAGGAGAUUGAAAUUAUAUGUGUAAACCACAAAACUUUAUUAAUGGCCAUAUGUUUCUGAUAACUGAAAGGGAAAAAUACAUUUAAAUUGUAUUGUUUCUCAUUUUACAGAACAGUCUAAUUUCCAUUGAUUUGGGCAUCUUCCUUAUCUGAUUUUAGGAAAACCAACACAGAAACCCUUAAUUAAAUUUGACACUGUAUCAUUUAUCAAGCAAGCAUCACUUUAAUUAGGUUGUAGUGACAACAAAGAAUUUACAUUCCAACACAAAAUUUCUAAAAAGUGUAUUAUUCCCUUUUAGGAAAAAAAACACCUUGUUUAUUACUAGAAUUACUGAAAAAGUAUAUAAAUGUAUUAUCAUGUGAAGUAUGACAAGCUAUAUCAAUUUUUAAAUAAAUGUAAAUAAACGUCUUUAGUAUAAACUGUU